CAGAACAACAAAAACAGCGGUAAGUGACGUUUAGUUUUGACACGCCACAUUUUCGUUUUUAGAUAAUUUUGUGAAAUAUUUCUUGAACAUAAACUGUAUUGUUAUGACGUGGUUCUAUUAACAAAGUGAGAUGAAGUUUUGUUAGCUCAGUUACGAAUUUACUCUUUGUUACGGUGAAAAAUAAAAGUAUUAACUCACAAUACAAUGGGUUUGACCAUAUCUUCCGUAUUUACACGGUUGUUCAGUAAAAAACCCAUGAGAAUAUUAAUGGUAGGUCUGGAUGCAGCUGGAAAAACUACCAUACUAUAUAAAUUAAAGCUUGGAGAAAUUGUGACAACAAUCCCGACGAUAGGAUUUAAUGUAGAAACGGUAGAAUAUAAAAAUAUAUCCUUUACAGUUUGGGAUGUGGGUGGCCAAACCAGAAUCCGAAAACUAUGGAGACAUUACUUUUCUAAUACGGAUGGUAUAAUUUUCGUUGUGGAUUCCAAUGAUCGAGAAGAUCGUAUUGGCGAGGCUGAACAAGAACUCAGCAGCAUGCUUGAAGAAGAAGAGUUAAAGAAUUCCGUUCUACUUGUGUUUGCAAACAAACAGGAUUUGCCAAACUCUAUGACCACUGCAGAAAUAGCCGAUAAAUUAAAAUUAAAUACAUUGAAAAACCGCAAAUGGUUUAUUCAGGCUACUUGUGCCACACAAGGAACUGGAUUAUACGAAGGUUUAGAUUGGUUAUCUAAUGAGCUGGCAAACAGAUAAACAUCAAUGCUUUUCAUUUAUUGUAUAAGGUAUUUUUUCAUUUUAUGUGAAUCAUUAAGAAAUUUGUGAAUUAUAACAAAUAAAUUUAGUUAAACUUACAUUAUGUUAUUUUUAAGAUAUUAUCAUAUACCUACAAGUUUGUCUGUGUACUUUAAUUCUUUUGUUAAGCCAAGUCUUAGAAAAUUAUGAAAAUACAAGAUUUGAUUUCAUGGUAAUAUUAAAAGGGAUAUCAGCUAACAUGUUAAUAUUAAACAUUUAUAGGACAUAAAAUCAAAUUUUAAUUGAACCAGAUAAGGCUUAAUCAGUUCAUAAAAGGUAUUUGAUAAGAUGUUUGAGUUGAAUAGUUUAUAGAAUUUUUAAUAAAAAAUACAAACGUGAUAAAAGAAA